AUGUCUCAACAACAGCCUAUUGUAAGAUAUGGCCAAGCUCCACUGGGAGAUGAUGAGAAUGAUCGUCUUCAGAGGUAUCACGGAACAAGAGGGCUGCUGCGUGGUGAUGACGGCGUCGGCAAUGAUAGCGAUCCUCAGAAAGAGAAGGCCAAGGCUCAUACAAAUCGGCCAAGUCAUCCUAGUCAGGACGAUCCGUCACAAUGCAAGCGACAACCUCAACCAGAAUCGUCAACACCAUCGACACCAUCAACACCAGAUUCAAGAUCCUUGAUAGUGCACAAUUCGAAGAACCAGAGUGUGACCACUAUGAUAUGGUCAUUUCAAGUAGUGCAGCUUUUGUUUCUGCCGACUUUCGCGACACCUUGGUUCUAG